AUGCUGGAUGGCUUGCUCAGCAGCACGGCAGCUUACCCCCGUGCAGUGGCCCACCUGGCAACCAAUGUCUACUCGGUCUCAUACGCAGCUUGUCUGGCUGAGGCGUACUUCCACGGUAUCUAUGGGAGCACUAUGUACACAACACUCACUGUCAUGGCCUACGACAGGUAUGUGAGCAUCUUCCAACCUCUGCAGUACCACGCUAUCAUGACCCCACGCAAAGUCAGAGUGCUUCUGGUGGUGGCCAACCUUCUUCCCGUCUUGCUGAACACUUACACUCUUAUCGCCAACUUUUAUGGUGUAUGCAGUUUGAUUCUACUAGUUGGCCUUCCGAUAUUACUGGUGCUUAUAUCCUAUUUAAAAAUCAUUGUGUUGACGUACAAGCUGUCUGCAGAUGCACGCAAAAAAGCUUUUACAACGUGCACUGCCCAUCUGAUCGUUUUCCUCAACUUCAGCUUGUGCUCCUUGUUUUCUGUGGUGUAUAAUCGCUUUAACGCCAAAGUUCCCAUUGGGGGUCAUGUGUUUUUGACAACUUCGUACACUCUUUGGCCUCCAGUCUUGCAUCCAAUUGUGUACGGGGUAAAGAACCAGGAAAUCAGGAAACGUCUAUCGAAAAUCACAAGGUCUGUCCUCCUACGAACUGGGUGUCAGCUGAGACCAAAGACAUCAACUGUUUCUAUAAGAGCAGAUUAACACUAGCAAUAUUAAAAUGGCA